AUGGCACCCGCCGCGGACUCCGAGUUGGGUCUGACCGCCCGCUUCCUUGGGCUUCUGCUUCUGCUGCCGGGCUACGCCUGGGCGGGGCAGGCCGAAACUCACACUCUUUCCUAUAACUUCACCAUCACUCCUAAAUUCACACUGGGACAACAGUGGUGUGAGGUUCAAGGCCAGGUGGAUGGAAAGAUUUUUCUUCGGGGCAACUGUGGAGACAAGAAUUUCGAACCCUGUGAUCCCCUGGGGAAGGAAAUCUAUGGCACAAAAGCUUGGAAAGACCAGCUGGAAAUACUCAUUAAUGUGGUGGAGGAACUCAGAAAGAAACUGCUUGAUUUUCAACUGGAGAAUCACACAUCCAGGGAGCCUCUCACCGUGGAGGUCAGGAUGUCUUGUCAGCGUGAAGCCAAUCGGCACACCAAUGGAUCUUGGCAGUUUGGUUUCCAUGGACAGGUAUUCCUCGUCUUUGACUCAGAGAAUAGAAGCUGGAUACUGGCUCAUCCUGGAGCCAGACAGAUGAAAGAGAAGUGGGAGAAUAACACAGAUGUGACCAUGUUCUUCCAUAACAUCUUGAUAGGAGAUUGCAAGACGUUGCUUACAAACUUCUUGACGCAUUGGGAAAAACUGCUGCAGCCAACAGAACGAUCCACCGAGGGCCCAGGCACAGCCCAACCCAAGGCCAGGGCCACCAGGUCCAUCUGCUACAGCCUCACUCUGUUCCUCCCCUGCUUCAUCCUACUGGCAAUCUGAGUGCCUAGAGUGACAGGUGAAGCUGCUCCCACCAAGCCCCUGUCAGCGUGGCCUGGUUCCCACUCUCCCCUCUGGCUGCCACCCGUCCACCAUCUGCCGCUGCUGUCCAGACUGCCAAGAGUUCAAGCCUUCGCAUGAACUACACAUUCCACAUCUCAGGGUUUGAUCCCUUUGAAAGGAUCCUGUUGCACUUUUCCAGAACAUAUCAGCCAGUUUCUCUUGGUGCUAAGAAAUGG